GGCUAAGGCUCCACCUGGGUGGAGGUUGCCCUGCAUGUCGACACAUUUCGUUGAAGCUUUCCCUGUGACAGGGGACAGGCACCAAACGUGAUGCCUAUACGAUGCAGCAUAGUAUGCAUGGCCAAAUCAACGGGAAUGCAGCGCUCUGCGCGACAACUGCUUGGCACAGGCAGGGCUGUAGUUGCUGCUGGCGCCGGCACCACCAGGCGGAGCGCCACUAGCAGCAGCACUUCACGCCCCUACUACAACUACAUCCUGGUGUCCGAGUCCACGCAGCGCACCUACAACGGCAUCACCAACGAUUUGGAGCGCCGACUGCGUCAGCACCGAGGGGAGGCCCCAGGCGGCGCAAAGUCCACCCGCACUGCCAAGGACUGGACGUACUUAGCAGUGGUGGGAUGUCCCAACUGGGGUCCCGCGGCCGCUCGCGGUGCUGGUAGCGGCUCUCCUGGCGGGGGUAGCUCGGCAGGGGGCGGGCAUGCCAGCGACAACGGCGGCGGUGGCGGCAGCCGUGGGAAGGCUGCUUCGGGUGCGGCUGCCGCUGCAUCGUUUGAGGCACGGCUGCGCUACCCAACAGGGACCAGGCCGCGGCCGGCGCGCUUCGCCGGCCCCGAGGGCCGCCUGCGCGGACUGUGCCUGGUGCUGCAGGCGCAGGCGGAGGGGCAGGCGGAGGCGCAGGCGGAGGCGCAGGCGGAGGCGCAGGCGGAGGCGCAGGCGGAGGCGCAGGCGGAGGGGCAGGCGGAGGUGGAGGCCGCCGCAUUGGACACAGCAGCCGUCAGGCCGGCGGCGGCGAGGCAAGCAGCCGCGGCGUCUUCAGCGCCUGCUGCGGCGGGGCAAUCUCCAGGUUCUGCGACGGAGCCCUCAACGCCAGAGCACAGACCAGGGCCGCCGCAAGCCGGCGGCGGCACCGGCCACACGGCGGUAGCGCCCAUAGCAGUGGCGACGCGCAAGCGCCGGCGCAGCGUGCCAACAAGUACAGUACCUGCACCUCCAACUGCACCUCCGAAUGCUACUAUGCCAAGCAUGAUAGCGGUUGGGGCGCUGUGGACGCAGCCGGCAGCCCACGUCCUGGCCGGGGCCGAGGCCGAGCCAUGGCAGCCAACGGCUGUGGAGCAGCGGGCGGGAGGCGCUGCCCACGCCUGCAGCGGCCGGCAAGCCGCGCCGGGGGCUUGGGUGUGGGUGCACCCCCGCUACCGCGACUGCAGCGCAGUGGCGGGCUGCGCAGUGCUGCGGGCAGCGAUGGCGGCGGCAGAGGCGCUGCGGCGGGCCGGCGGCAGCAACAGCAACAGCAACAGCAGCAACGAUGAGGAUAGCAGCAGCAAGGAUGGCAGUGGGAGUGGCAGCCGGAAGAGUAGCAGGGGCCGGGGGGCAGGAGCCGGGUCCGUUGGUGGUGAUGUGAGGAUGGCAGCGGCGUUAGCGGCAUUAGAUGCUCUGGACGUGAGGGCGGCGGCGGAAUUGGGACAGCCAAGAUUCUGGUAGAAUGAGUUUGAGAGUAUGUGUGUCAGCCUUUCGUGGCUUUGGACGCAGGGUCUCAACCGGUGCGCAGAGUUACUGUGCAUGUGGUAUUUGGGCUUGGCUGGCAACGCUGUCCUGAGGGGGUGCGCAGCCGGUGCAGGGCCGACGGAAGACUCGGCCGCAGCCGCACUGCCCUGUCCAGCACUGCCAGCACACGGACCCAUGGCGCCAGGAGCAACCACAGAGCGCUGCGCUCGCGGCCGAGCAGCGGCAGCGGGACCUGCAAGGUGCCAUCGCGGCGCUGCAAGUCCAAGUGGAGGAGCAGCGCUGCGCGCUAGCUGGAGGACGCUCGCCAUUCCCUAGCACGCGUGGAAAGCGUGGGCGCCGUGGAUGAGGGCAAAGUACUGCUGAAGAGCGUCAGCACUGAGCUGCUACAGAAAGUCCAGCGGGACCCUGGAGGGGAUCGCCAGCGCGAGUGGGGCGGCUGUUACGGGACGCUACGUGCGUGCGUGGCGGUCGGCGGGCAGGGAGGUGUAGAAUGUCGUGCUUGGGGGGAGCGCAGCGCGCUGAUUAGGGCGGCAGCGCAGGUCCGUGCGGCUGGUGCAGUAGUGGCACCAUAUCUGACUUAUGUCGGAUGUGCUAUGCGCCUAUGCGCAAGGGGCAGUUGCUCGCUUUUGAGGAGCUGCGAGGGAAGGGGCUACGGCCUCGAUGGAAGGGAGGAGCGGGCAUUUCAUGCCCAGGCACGUAAUGCCUCGAACUCG